AUGAUCAUAAGAAACCUGCCCUUCAAGACUACGCGUGAAGACCUGCAGAACGCCUGCUCACCUUUUGGAUCGUUCACCGAUAUUGUUUUACCGAUGUCAAAGAAGAUGCCUGGACGAGCAGCCGGCUUUGCCUUCGUACAGUUCAAAACACGCGAAGCCGCUGAGAAGGCUCGAGAAUUUUUCAAUAGCAACAAGUUUCAAGGUCGAAUGGUCGCUGCAGAUUGGGCACUGCCGAAGGAUACCUACGAAACAGCUGCUCGGGAAGAAAGUGAACAACUGAAGAAGAAAGUGAAAUUGGAAAAGGAGGACGAUCUGGAGGUGAACAAAGAAAAGAAACCAAGCUCCAAGAAGAAACUUGAGCAGCCUUCCAUUAGCAAACUGCAAGAUGAAGAAGAGGAGGAAAUGAGGUUGAGAUUGUACUGUAGACUAUACGAGGAGAUACCUAAACCAGUAGCUUCCAGUGAUGAGGAGAUAAGUGACGAUAGCAGUAACGAAGAUGAUAACGAGCCUGACGAAGAUGCGAACAUGGAAGUAGAUGAAGAGGAUGAGGAUGAGAGUGAUGAGGAAGAUGAACCAAAGCGAAAAGAUUCUGCUAUAGAUGAACAGCGUGUGGUCUUCUUGAGGAAUCUCUCUUUUGGUACUACAGACGAGGCCCUGAAAACUGAAAUGGAGAAAUUCGGAGAAGUGAAGCUCGCUAUAUGCUGUAAAUUUCGAGACAGUGGACAUCCAAAGGGCACGGCGUUCGUACAUUUCUCAAAACCGGAGGAGGCAAGAGCGUGCAUAGAGGCUACGGAAAAUGGUCUUGUGAUUGAUGGCCGGGAUGUAAAAGGAUCAGUUGCUAUCCAACGUGAGAGUGCUGCUGAAAUUCAGAAAAAGAAAAGUGUAAAGGUGCCCGAGGACAAAAGAAAUUUGCGCCUCAUUCGAUUUUCAUUGAUUCGUGAAGGGACCUCUGCUGCAAAAGGGAUGAGCUCUGAGGACUCGUCAAAACGACAACGAUUAGCCGAAUUAUCAAGAAAGAAAUUGGAGAAUUUGCAUAUGUUUGUAUCUCCCACACGUCUGAUGAUCCACAACCUUCCGUUAUCGCUUACCGAUGAGAAACUAAAACAGAUAUGCCGGGAAGCUGCUGGACAACUAGCGCAUAUAACGGAGUGUCGUAUCUGGAAGGAUACCUCAAAGUUGGAUGCCAAGGGCAAUCCCAAGUCGAAAGGAUUCGCAUUCGUCAAUUUUUCCGAGCACAAGGAUGCUUUACAGUGUCUCCAGAAACUUAACAACAAUCCAAAUACAUUUACUAACGAACGACGGCCAAUAGUCGAGUUCUCUAUUGAGAAUCUUAUGGCCAUAAGAGCGAAGGUGCGACGGUCAGCACACAGUAAGGGUGAAACGUUGGUUGGACGGGAACUCAGCGAUAAAGUUAAGCAACAGGUGAAGCAGUCAAUAGGAGAGAUUCAUGGAACAGGUAUGAAGGUCAUGCCUAAGUUCUUGGGCAAGAAACUUCGACACAAGAAUAUGAGCAAGACACAGUUGAAGAAAAAGGUGAGAUCAUGUAUUGUAUUUGUUGUCCCGAAGCAUCACAUAGAGCACGUCGUACGCUUGGGAUCUGAACUAUGA